UAAAUCAAGUUAGAAAAAACAUUAUAUAAUAAAAACUGAAUCCGUUAUAAUGUAAACACCAUUAACAAACGCAUAAAUGCAUAAAAAUUUACGUUAAGCAUCAAAUGCUGCUUCAGCUAAGCAUAACAAAAUCUGCGAUAAGAGAAAAAAAUCGUGAAAACCAUGAGCGGGCAGUGUCGAGAAAGCAAAAAAAUUGAAUAUCUUCUUUACAUUUCUUUUCAAAAAAGGAAAAACAAUGCUUACAACUCAUUUGUUUAUAUCAACUUAACGCUGAUGUUCUAACUGACAUCCAUCAGCGUCAUAAAAGGCAGGGAAAAAUUCAUGUUUAAAAAACUCAAGAUUGGAGAUAGCAUACAUUUAGGAGCGCCAAACGACUGCUGUUUCUGUCUGUGCAACGCAGCUUCAAAGAAAAUUGUAUCUUCUCCGACUUCAAUCUUAUCACGUUCAUUCGCAUUAUUACCGGCAUUAGUGUUAACGCCUCAGUGGAGAAAUAAAACAACAUAAAAUAAAAACAAAUUCAGAGUCGUCUUCUCGAUGUGUCAGUUUUUGUACUUGUAUCUUGUUGCUGUUGUUAUUGUUGUCUACGCAGUCGUCAACGUCUCAACGCUUAGCCCACGCGACGCGACGCACUGUCUAUUGUUUCUUAUAUAAUAUUUUGUCUUAAAUUCAUUUCUGUUCUUACUCUAUUUUAUUUUCUUAUGUAUUUUUUUAAACGAUGAGUUAUCGCUGUUAUUUUUUGUCCAAUGAAUUAGAGUGUUAAAUUUUAUUGUUUGCAAUUUUUCCCCACUGCUGCUGUUGCUGUUUGCCGUUACGCUAGCUAAGCAACAAACGCAAGCAAAAUGCCUGGCGGACGUCGAGGACUUGUUGCGCCGCAAAAUACAUUCCUGGAGAACAUUAUACGGCGAUCGAAUUCACAACCGGACAGCUCAUUUCUAUUGGCCAACGCACAGAUUGUGGAUUUUCCGAUUGUCUAUUGCAAUGAGUCCUUUUGCAAAAUUAGCGGCUAUAAUCGGGCUGAAGUCAUGCAGAAGUCGUGCAGAUGCGGCUUCAUGUAUGGCGAGCUGACAGAUAAGGAAACAGUGGCGCGUUUGGAAUUCACAUUGGAGAAUCAGCAACAAGAUCAAUUUGAAAUUUUACUCUACAAAAAGAACAAUGCCCAAUGCGGCUGCACGAUGUCGAAAUAUGGAAAGCCGCAAGCAGGUACAAAGCGACCGGUUGACUCGAAGCUACAACAGUUAAUAAAGAAUGGCAAAUUAGAAACACCACUAUGGCUACUACUGCAGGUUGCGCCCAUACGCAACGAAAGGGAUUUGGUUGUGCUAUUUUUGCUAACAUUUCGGGAUAUAACGGCAUUGAAACAGCCGAUCGACAGCGAGGAUACAAAGGGUGUUUUAGGUUUAUCGAAGUUCGCCAAACUGGCGCGUUCGGUGACACGAAGCCGUCAAUUCAGCGCACAUCUGCCAACGUUAAAGGAUCCAACGAAACAAUCCAAUUUGGCGCAUAUGAUGUCACUUAGCGCCGAUAUUAUGCCACAAUACAGACAAGAAGCGCCUAAAACGCCGCCACACAUUCUUUUGCAUUAUUGUGCAUUUAAAGCAAUUUGGGAUUGGGUGAUAUUGUGUUUAACAUUUUAUACAGCCAUUAUGGUGCCGUACAAUGUAGCUUUUAAAAAUAAAACUUCAGAAGACGUUUCACUACUCGUUGUCGAUUCCAUUGUAGAUGUUAUAUUCUUUAUAGAUAUCGUUUUAAAUUUCCACACAACGUUCGUCGGCCCCGGCGGUGAGGUCGUCAGCGAUCCGAAAGUGAUACGCAUGAACUAUCUGAAAUCCUGGUUCAUCAUCGAUCUGCUCAGUUGCCUGCCAUAUGAUGUCUUCAACGCCUUCGAUCGUGACGAGGACGGCAUUGGCUCGCUCUUUAGCGCCUUGAAAGUGGUACGUCUUCUACGGUUGGGACGUGUCGUGCGUAAAUUGGAUCGUUAUUUGGAAUAUGGCGCCGCCAUGCUCAUAUUGUUGCUCUGCUUCUAUAUGCUGGUGGCGCAUUGGUUGGCUUGCAUCUGGUAUUCGAUCGGCCGCAGCGAUGCCGAUAAUGGAAUACAGUACAGUUGGCUGUGGAAGCUGGCGAAUGUGACGCAAUCACCAUACUCGUACAUCUGGAGCAACGACACCGGACCGGAACUGAUAAAUGGUCCGUCGCGCAAGAGUAUGUAUGUGACGGCGCUGUAUUUCACCAUGACAUGCAUGACAUCGGUGGGCUUUGGCAAUGUGGCCGCCGAGACGGACAACGAGAAGGUGUUCACCAUCUGCAUGAUGAUAAUUGCAGCGCUAUUGUAUGCGACGAUAUUCGGUCACGUGACGACCAUCAUCCAACAGAUGACCUCAGCGACGGCAAAAUAUCAUGAUAUGUUGAACAAUGUGCGCGAGUUCAUGAAGCUGCACGAAGUGCCGAAGGCGUUAAGCGAACGCGUUAUGGAUUAUGUGGUCUCCACAUGGGCCAUGACGAAGGGCUUGGAUACGGAAAAGGUACUAAACUAUUGUCCGAAAGAUAUGAAGGCUGACAUUUGUGUUCAUCUAAAUCGCAAAGUAUUUAACGAGCAUCCAGCAUUUCGUCUUGCCUCGGACGGUUGUCUGCGUGCGCUAGCGAUGCACUUCAUGAUGUCCCACUCGGCGCCUGGCGAUCUACUCUAUCACACGGGCGAGAGUAUCGAUAGUUUGUGUUUCAUUGUGACAGGCAGUUUGGAGGUGAUACAGGACGAUGAGGUUGUGGCAAUAUUGGGUAAGGGCGACGUCUUCGGCGAUCAAUUCUGGAAGGAUUCGGCCGUUGGCCAAAGCGCUGCCAAUGUGCGCGCCCUAACCUAUUGUGAUUUGCAUGCCAUCAAGCGUGAUAAAUUACUCGAAGUCCUCGAUUUCUAUUCGGCAUUUGCGAAUAGUUUUGCACGCAAUCUGGUGCUCACCUAUAAUUUAAGACAUCGAUUGAUUUUUCGCAAGGUGGCCGAUGUGAAGCGCGAGAAAGAAUUGGCCGAACGGCGUAAAAACGAACCUCAAUUGCCUCAAAAUCAAGAUCAUUUGGUGCGUAAGAUAUUCUCGAAAUUUCGUCGUACGCCGCAAGUGCAAGCAGCCGGCUCCAAGGAGGUCGUGUCGGGUCAAAGUGAUGUGGAGAAGGGUGGUGAUGGUGAUACGGAUCGCACGAAGAAGUUGCCUGCUAAAUUAACCCUCACCGAGGAUUCACGCAUCCUAACAACAGCUGCCGCACCCUCUCCAACGCCAUCACCCUCGCCCUCAUCGGGUCCACCAUCUGCGCGUAGUACGCGUGCUAGUAAAUGGGGCCGCCUUUUGGGUAGUUCAAGUGUCGAUUCGGCUAGCGAUACAAGCGCCAAGGUAGCAGUCUCGAGAAGUUUGAGUGCCCGCGAAAGUCUGCGUGAGAGCACUGCCCAAGCGAGGCAGAGCAGUACUUCGAGUAGUAAUGGUGGACAAGGCAAUAAAGUUUUUCCUAAAGCUCCUAAACUACAGGCCAGCCAAGCGGCGCUCGCACGCCAGGAUACCAUCGACGAGGGUGGCGAAUUGGAUGCUUCCCCACCCAGUCGCGAAACGCGUCUCGUGAGCGAAAGCACUUCGGCAGCAACAGCCGCCGCGGCUGCGUUGGCCGCCAAGGAGCGCAAUUUAGCGCUGGAGCGUGAGAGACAAAUAGAGAUGGCUUCAUCUCGCGCCACUACAUCGGAUACCUACGACACGGGCUUGCGCGAACAGCCGCCGACUAUGGCGCAACGCGAUUUGAUCGCCACCAUGUUGGAUUUGAAAGUGGAUGUGCGUUUGGAGAUGCAACGCAUGCAGCAGCGUAUUGGGCGUAUUGAGGAUUUGUUAGGUGAGUUAAUGAAGCGUCUACCGGCGCACGAAUCGUCCGGUCAAACAACGCCGGGCGAUGGGCUUGGCUCAGGUGGAGGUGUAGGUGGUAGUGGUGGUGCAGGCGGUAUUAGUGGUGGAGUGCUAAGCACACGCAUUGGUGUCGUCGAUGGCGGCGGUACACAUUCGACGGCAGUCACACCAGCGGCAGACACUGUGAUAACAAUUUCAACGGUGCCACCGACGCCACCCAUCAGCACAGGCGUCACAACAGCGGGUGGUGUGGUGGUACAGAUAGGCAGUGGCGUUGGCGUUGGCGCCGGCAGUAGUAGUAGUAGCGGUGGUGGUGGUGGUGUCAGCGCAGGAGGCGUUGGUGUGCCUACAACUACGACGUCCGCAGCUGUGGUAACGGCGGCGGUAGGCGCAGGCUCUACGCCCCAUCCACAAACACUUAGUUUGCUUAGCCCGCAAACGCAGAUGAGCGGCUCAGCGGCGAUCACAGCAGGCGGCAAUGGGCUGGGACCGUUGAUGCUGAAGAAACGGCGUUCGAAGAGCAGGAAGGCACCAGCGCCUCCCAAGCAGUCAUCACAUAUACAGAGUCCAGAACAGCAGCGUUUGCUCGAAGAGGAGCCAAGUGUGGUGCAAACAGCAGCGACAGCAACGACGGCUACAGCGGUAACGACGCCAACAACAGCGACAUCCAGCAGCGCGGCCACCUCGCCGACAACGGCGGGUAGUGUGUCCUUGAUAGGCGGCGCCGGUGCCGGUGGCGGUGGUGGCAACACCAGUGGCACGUCCAGUGGCAGUGGCAGCGGUGGUGGCGGACGCAAUAAACGUGAAUUUCUCUAGCCCAAAAUAUUGGUGCGCCAUCAAUCGGACACCGGCAGCAGCUUCGAGCAAUGAAACGAGUGAAGCGUGCGGAAGCAGACUGCGCAAGACGAUGGCGUACAAUGGGGGCGCGACGAGGAGAGUGGAAUGCUGCUACCUGCUCUCUCACGCACUCGCCCUCUCUCAAUCUUUUUUACGCGGCUGCUUAGUUUCUGCAGAUUUAAUUUACUUGGCAAUAAAUGUAAAAUUAAAUGGUUUUAGUGUAAUUUUAAAUAUCGUUUAUAAGUUUAGCCUGAAAGCUUUCGAAAGCUUAAAGUUUAGUAACCCAAAAAAGUGCAUAAGCUUAAUAAAGCUGCUGCAACGAGCAGUUUGGCGCCGACGUGCAAAGAGUAUAUAUGUGAUAACCAACCAGAUAUUAAAAUUAUCAAAAAUUAUCUAAAAAAAAAAUUAGAAAAACAAUGUUAUGAAAAAAUUUAUGAACAAACAAUUUAACUAAGUGAGUAAAAUAAAACUCUAGCAAACUUUAAAGCCGCUUAGAAAAUUUGUAAAUUUAAUUGUAAAUAAAAAAUUAAAAAAAGAGCUUUUUGUUGAAAAAGCUCACUUUCGAAAGCUGUGUAGAUAUAUAAUAUACAUAAAAAUAGUUAUGUAAAUGUCAAAAAACGGGCAAAAUGUUGUCCAGUACAGUUAUAAAAAGCUAUUAAUUAAAAUACCGGUACCCAAGCAUUAAGCUCGCUGAAUACCCUUGCCUUUUUGGAGGAAUUGAAAAACCCACUGAUUUGCAAAAACACAGAUUUUCAAAUAUCAUUUUUUUGAAGAAUAGUGGAGAAAAAUGGUAGUGUAUAAAGCUCUUGAUAAUACAAAAGAUGAAUGAUACAAAAGACGAAAAGCUCUAUAGUACUGAGAGCGAAACCAUUCGUUUGUAGUUGAAAGCGUUUAAGCUUUUUUCUGCUUUUUCUGGAAACCCAGCAUUUCAUAUUACGGGAAAAAUACUCCGAAAAAAAGCUUCUCCUCACUUGGCAGAAAGCUUUUUCUACAAACACAGCAUUUUUUUUUUGAGCUAAUUUAAUUUAUUUUUCGGAGUAAGUUUUGUCUCUAUUUAUGAUUUCAUCAGUUUCAGAGAGGAAGCUCUGAUAUUUUUCAAAUCGGUUGCUUUAUAUUAAUACAAAAUAUCAAUUGCUGAGAAGUUUUUUCACUUGAAGCUUUCAAACAGCAACUCUUGCAUUUUUCAACGUGAAAGCUCUUAAGCUUUUCAAACAUGGUACUCAAUAUUUCCGCUUUCGUACAGAAAAUCUGCCGAACAGCAGUAAUUUAAAGUAUUUCGAUGUAAACUUUUCCUCAGUUGAAGCUUUCAUAUUUUUCAUAGUGAAAGCUCUCAAGCUUUUCAAAAAUACAUAAA